CCGGAGGAGUGGGGCGCCAAGGGGUGGGCAACCCAGAGUGGCAUCACUCCGAGUACGAGCCGGACUAAUACAGUGGAUUCGGUUCCGAAUCGGGCCGGGCUCGUUCAAUUGAACGGGCAUUGCCGACUCAUGGCUCUAGCAUCCACAGCUGCCGCCAUUCAUCUUGAAUGAUUGGCAGCUGCUCUCCGCGAUUCCAGCCCAAGGUGCCCAAGGAACGUCAGCCUCUCCUAUUAGAGGGAGGAGUUAUUCUUAGGUUAUCUUACGUGGCAGGAUGAUGUGCUACUCGCCUUUCUGGAGAACAACGACUGAGUGAAGUCUGCAUGUGCAAUUUCCCCUACAUCUGUUUGUGGGCAUUUCAUUGUUUCGAAAAAAAAUUUUAAAAAUGUUGUCCCGAAUCUCGCGUUGCUUAAAUUCCAAUGCAUCAGUUUUGAAGCAAAGAAUCAAGGUGGUGACUUAUUCUGGUGCCACGGAAACGUCAUUAAAAGCUGAGAAGUUGCUCACUUCUGAAGAGAUUUUUGCUCGUGAAGAAAAGUAUGGUGCUCAUAAUUACCAGCCCCUCCCUGUUGCUUUGGCCAGAGGAGAAGGAAUUUAUGUAUGGGACGUGGAAGGCAGGAGGUACUUUGACUUCCUGAGUGCCUACAGUGCCGUGAAUCAAGGCCACUGUCAUCCAAAGAUUAUUGCAGCACUUAAAUCUCAAGCUGAUAAAUUGACUCUCACUUCUCGAGCUUUCUAUAACAUUGUACUAGGAGAAUAUGAAGAAUAUGCUACAAAGCUGUUCAACUACAAAAAGUUGCUACCAAUGAAUACUGGUGUAGAAGGAGGAGAAACUGCCUGCAAGUUGGCCCGCAAAUGGGCAUAUGAAGUUAAAGGAAUUCCUAAAUACAAAGCAAAAAUCCUCUUUGCAGCUGGUAAUUUUUGGGGUAGGACUGUGUCUGCCAUUUCCAGUUCAACAGACCCCAGUUGUUAUGAAGGAUUUGGUCCGUUUAUACCUGGGUUUGAAAUUAUUCCGUACAAUGAUCUGCCAGCAAUAGAGCGUGCAUUCCAGGACCCUCAUAUGGCAGCUUUUAUGGUGGAACCGAUCCAGGGAGAAGCUGGAGUAAUUGUUCCAGACCAAGGCUAUCUUCAAGGAGUGAGAGAAUUGUGCACAAAGUAUAAUGUCCUAUUAAUUGCGGAUGAAGUGCAAACUGGGCUGGCUAGGACUGGUCGCAGACUGGCAUGUGAUCACGAAGAUGUCAGACCAGAUAUUGUUGUUCUUGGAAAAGCACUCUCUGGAGGAGUGUAUCCUGUUUCAGCUGUUUUAUGUAAUGAUGAAAUUAUGUUGACCAUUAAACCAGGUCAGCAUGGGUCUACGUAUGGUGGCAAUCCAUUGGCAUGUCGUGUUGCUAUUGCUGCCCUAGAGGUCCUUGAAGAAGAAAAUUUGGCAGAAAAUGCUGAGGAAAUGGGAAAGCUUCUGCGAAGUGAGCUGAUGAAACUGCCAUCAGAUGUUGUGACUGCUGUCCGAGGAAAAGGAUUAUUGAAUGCCAUUGUUGUUAGAAAUACAGAAGCUUUUAAUGCUAUGGAUGUUUGCCUUCGCCUACGUGAUAAUGGUCUGCUAGCUAAACCAACCCAUGGGGACAUCAUUAGACUGGCACCACCCCUUGUGAUCAAAGAGGAUGAAAUACGAGAAUGUGUGGAUAUCAUUCAGAAGACUGUUUUGUCUUUUUGAAGAGGAUUGAACCUUUUAAUAUAAUGUAUCGUUUCUUUUCAACAAGAUGGUAUUUCUUGCUCAUUGUACCAGGGGUUUAUUUGAAGCUGCAGAUAUUUAUUGAUCUUUCUCAAAUAAUCAUGCUUAAGAAAUCUAAUUUAAAUGAAAUAAUAGUGGUGAUUUCUUUUGAAUUACAAACAAUUUAAAUUCUCAGUGAAAUUGAAGUCAACUUACUGUCUUUAAAUUAGCAGUUCAAAGAUUCUAUACAUCUGCCACUAUUGAAAUUCUUUUGCCUUGACCAGAUUAUUGGAUGUUGUAAAUUUAGUCUACAUACACUUCUCUGAAGUAAAAUAUUUCUCAUGGCAAAAUGCAACUUAAAUCAUCCCAUUGAUAAUUUUAUGCUUUGUCCAUAGUUUCAAAGCACAGUGGUGGAAGUGAAAUACUUUGCUAACACUUAGGCUUUUCACUUCUGUGCUACUAAUCUGUAACUUAUAAACAAUCAAAUGAAUAACAGCAUGUUUAUAGCAUUGUUGAUGUAAGAAAGUCUAUUUGCUUGUAGGAGGGUUAUUAUACAAAACAAUUAUAUUUUGAGGACAUGGUUUCAACAUGAAAAUGGUUAAUUUUUGACUGAAUGCAGAAACAGAAUCUUCAGUCUUCAAUCUAAUCAAACAAUUCUUGGUCAGAAAAUGGUGGGUUAGAUGAAGUAUGACUUGAUCUACUCACAUUUGCCAUGUAAGCUAUAGUCUGAAUGCAAUGAAGCUGUCUACACUUUGAUCCUAGAUAUGACACAAGUGUACUUGGCUAAUAUCCGUGCAGCUGAUCUGUUGUAUUAUGUGGGGAGGAAAGUUAUUGGCAAACGUUGAAGCAUUACUAAAUUCUAGAAAUACUGUUACAUUGGACCUCAAAGUUGGCAAAUGUUGGUGAAUGUUUCGUGGAUGCAAUAAGGAAUGCUGCUCAAUUUUAAAUAUUGACUGGAGAAAUCAACUUGCUACCUUGCUGCACACUCCUUGUUGGUAAUCAGCAAAUUUAUAGGAUGCUUCUGAGAAUGUUACAUUAUUCCUUACAGUAAAUGCAAUUAUGUUGCCCUGGUUUCUUCUGUUUAGUAGAAAAAAGCCUUGGAUGCUAUUGUAAUUAUAAACCAGUGAUUUUGCUCAACUGUACAAGAACAGGAUGCAUAUUCUUGCAGGCUAAUCAUUAUGUAAUCCUUGGUUUAAUAAAGCUUUAAGUUGGGGUACUUUUUUUUAGAGCAACAUUUAAUUGUUGAUCAGUCAAACUCUUCCAUGUAAAACUGUCAUGGUUAAUAUCUUGAUAGCAGGUAAGAAAAUCUCAGUCUUGUAAAUUUCCUGGUUUAACUUUAAGUAAAUUGUAAAUGCUUAUAGGAUUAAAUCUGAUUUGAAAUUUGA